AUGAGGUUACUCUAUCUCCUGGUAGUUGUGGUCACACUCGUUGGAAGCUGUGGUGCUAUCUCAACGCCCAGCAAAUCCGGGGCCCGCACGCGUUUCAGUAGCGAAGUUAAAACGCUCCUGAGGAGUUUGAAAGCCAAGUCUGUAAGUGACACCGACGACAAAAUCGAAGAAGAGAGAGCGGGAGGGAACCUGGCUAAGGUCGAUGACUUGGCCGAAAUGGCAGCUAACAAGCUAGCAGACGACAUCGUGGACGAUAUACCUAAAUUGGUCACGACAUUUGAAAACUGGAAACAGCUAACAGGUACAGAGGCUUUCAAAACCCCCGUUGCUGUAAAGUUGGCAGAGGCGUCCGAGGCCAAGUGGUGGAAAGUGUACAAUUUGUACGGGGAGUUUAACAUAUUAGGGAAGAAAGCUUUCAUCGAGAAGCUCGAGCAUAUCAAGAAACAGAAACUCCAGGCACCAGCGCAGAGGUAGAAGCGAAUUAUGUAAGUGUUUAGCAGCGAGGCUUCCCCAAAAACACAAACUG